AUGCCUAAAGUUAAAGUAAUCAAACCAGAGACUACAACUCCUACUAGAACUUCUAGUCGAUUAGCCGCAAAACGACAAGCAAGUGCGGAUAAAAUCAUUACAGCCCCUGUUACGACUAGAGGAGGUAAAAAAACCGCGAAAACACAAAAAAAGAAGAAAGCAGAAACUAAUGAUAAUAAUAAUACUGAAGUUAGUGAAGUUAAUGAAGUUGUAGUAGAGAAAGAUAAUAGUAAAAGUGUAGCAGAAACAGCAACUACAACUGGCGAAACCGAUGAUGAUGAUGCCGAACCUAUGGAAACUGUUGCUCCCGAUCAACCAUGCUGUUACUCCCAAUGA